AAGCCAGGCGACCUCGAAAACUAUUCAGUAGUGGAACAGGUUUAUCUGUCUACGACGACACCAUUUGACAACACCAAAAGGACGACUGAGAACCCAGGCGACAAACAUGUCGAAGGAAAAGUUUGAGCGUACCAAGCCCCAUGUGAACGUUGGAACCAUCGGCCAUGUAGAUCACGGGAAAACAACGCUCACUGCGGCCAUAUCCACAACAAUUGCUAAAGUCUAUGGCGGCGAGGCGACGAGCUUCGAUUCCAUCGAUAAUGCACCGGAAGAAAAAGAACAAGGAAUCUCCAUCUAUACAGCACAUGUGGAGUACGCCUCUCCAACCAGGCAUUACUCACAUUUGGACUGCCCAGGACACGCAGACUACGUCAAGAACAUGAUCACAGGCGCAGCGCGGAUGGACGGAGCUAUCCUGACUGUGUCAGCUGCUGACGGACCCAUGCCACAGACCAGAGAACACAUUCUACUGGCCAGACAGGUUGGCGUUCCGUACAUAGUUGUGUUCAUGAACAAAUGUGACAUGGUGGACGAUGAGGAACUACUGGAACUGGUGGAGAUGGAAGUUCGGGAACUUCUGAGCAAGUAUGACUUCCCUGGAGACGAUCUUCCGGUCAUAAAAGGAUCUGCCCUGGGGGCCCUUAAUGGCGAGGAAAAAUGGGAGGCCAAGAUCGUUGAGCUGGUGGAGGCUCUUGACUCCUACAUCCCUGAACCUGAGCGGGCGGUGGACAUGCCCUUCCUGAUGCCGAUAGAGGAUGUCUUCUCCAUUCAAGGUCGCGGUACAGUGGUGACGGGCAGGAUUGAACGAGGGAUUCUCAACGUUGGAGACGAAGUAGCAAUAGUCGGUAUCAAAGAUACAACUACAACGACGUGCACAGGUGUUGAAAUGUUCCGGAAACUGUUGGACGAAGGCAGGGCCGGUGAAAAUGUCGGUGCCCUGCUGAGAGGCACGAAGAGGGACGAGGUGGAAAGAGGCCAGGUGCUGGCCAAGCCUGGCAGCAUCACUCCUCACACCAAGUUCGAAGCUGAGGUGUAUGUCUUGAGUAAAGAUGAAGGCGGUCGCCAUACGCCAUUUUUCAAGGGCUAUCGACCACAGUUCUAUUUCCGGACGACGGACAUAACAGGAGACAUUGAGCUUCCCGAAGGAGUGGAAAUGGUGAUGCCGGGUGACAACAUCAAGAUAACAGUAGAGCUGAUCGCUCCCAUUGCCAUGGACGAGGGCCUGCGGUUUGCCAUGCGCGAAGGCGGACGAACAGUCGGUGCCGGGGUGGUCUCUAAAAUAUUUGAUUAGAAGGACUAAGGGGUAAACAGAGGACUUCCUCCGGCCGGUAGCUGCCUCGACUACCAGCUGUUUUGAUCCCAGAGACUAGUAGUAAAGUGGAGUGCUGCCAAAGACUUCAUACGAAUUUUACGAAAUUCAUACGAAUGUUACGGAAUUCAGACGAAUUUUACGGAACCCAAACGAAUUUUAAGUAUAUACGAUUCGUUUCAAGGAAAUAUAUGAAUUUUACAAAAUAUGCGCGAUCCAUUACAAGGGAACAUACGAAUUUUACAGAAUACAUACGAUCCAUUACUCGAAAACGCACGAUCCUUACAAAUUUGGUAAUCCAGGCGCAGUCACGAAAUUAGUAAGGAUCGUAUGUUUCCGAGUCGCAUGUAUUCCGUAAAAUUCGAAUGUUUCUGGUAAUGAAUCGUACGUAGUUCGAAAAAAUUCGUAUGAAUUCUUUGGCACACCUGAAGUAGGGUGGCGGGUUAGUGCUGGGUCAUGGAUGCUUCCUAUAAAGAUACCAGUUGUGCCAUGAGCUUGUUCUUUACUACUGUAUCAUCACCGUAAGUCAAGUUUUUGCUGAAAGCUUUAUUGUUCCUGGAUAUAAUGAAUGAACUUUAUUGCUGGAAGAUUGUACAUGUAUGACAGUAAAUGAACAAUGCUACAAGGCUAAUCUUUUCUACUAUUUUAACUACAAAAUAUUACAGUAUACGACUUACAAUAUAGUCAUGAAUGGAUGUAUACAGAAUGGUACAGUGUGUCAUAUUACUGACAAUAGCAUGUACUAAUCAAACGGUUUCUGUGGUUUCUAUUAUUGAUUA